CGACUGUUUUUGAAUAGUGGGCGACAAAGACAUCGAGUACAAUGUCUAUGGUAUAAUAUAAGUACCAAAAUAAGUCAGCCGUGAAAUGAACCCACAUAUGUAGGUACUUAUGAUUCGUUAGGACAUCGCAGUUUGGCCACGUAUUAUGCUCAAUGUUAGUUUUCAAAAAAUACUCGUACAUUUCGAAUUUAUCUUUGAUAUUCGUACGAAUUUUCUCACUAAAAAGAGAGUCUUAUCAUGGAAAAGUUAUCUGAAUUGCAGUCGUGGUAUAAGUGGAAGAGACCAACAUCCAUUCCUUAUCCAAACAUUUGGCAUAGAUUUACUUCCAAAACAAAAGAUGGCAAAGUGUACAAUAUAAAGAUUGUGGAUCUCAGUGCAGAUAGAUUUGAAGAAAUAAUGGAAUUCUCAAAAGAGUACUUCUUCUCCCGAGAGCCCAUAUGCGUCUCAUCAAAAGUUGUAGAGGACGAGAGAACCAUGCACAACCUCCAAAGUAAACACAGAGCAAUCUUACAACAGCAUACUAGUAUUGUUGCGGUUUUAGAUGAAGACGUUCCUAAACCCGAAAUAGUUGGCAUGCUAAAACUUCUGGUAGCAUCCAAAGAAGAUGAUCCUAUACCAAAACCACAAAUACCCGGAAAUUUUAUGCCUAUAAAAGACAAGCUAUUUGAAAAAUUAGAAAAAAACCACGAUCCUUUUGACAUUUUCAACACAGAUAAAGUAUUUCGCGAGUAUGGAUUGUGUGUAAAACCAGGAUAUGAAGGAUUGAAUAUAGGCUAUAAUAUUUUAUUUGCAGUUGAAAAGCUCGCUAAAGCUUUUCAUAUUAAAGCAUCCGUGAUUACAGCUAAUUCUAUUCAGUCUCAAAUCAUUGCUGAUAAAAUAGGUUACAAGACAUGGAAUGAGAUUGUUUAUAACGAAUUCAAAGAUAAUCAAGGACGAGUGGUAUUUCCUGUUGAAGGAACCAAGUCGAUAAAACUUAUGGCGAUUGAAUUUAUAUAGAUAAUGUUCAAAAUCAGCCAAAAUGAAAAGUUUUGACUUUCAUACUUAUCGCUUUUAUUUUUGAAUUUGAAGCAAGAUGUAAAACUGAAAAAAAAAAAUUAUUUGGGUGAAUCAAAAUAAUCCUCAUCCCAGAAAUUUUUAUACCCCAUCAGGCAAAUUGUAUGAAAGUCAUUUUUCAAAAGUUAUACUUACCUAGGUGACGAUGUACGAUGAACAUUUUUUUGGGGCUAUUGGUGUUUUUAUAUUCUAAUGUUACAAUUUUCUAUUGAUGAUUUUGUUACCUGAAAAUAAAACAAUCGUUUGAUAUUGAUA